ACUUUAAAUUAAUCUUUCAGUGUGUUUGCGGUGUGUUGGAGGAGAGAUGGCUGCCACCUCUUCUCUUGCUCCCAAGAUUGGUCCCUUGGGUCUCUCACCAAAGAAGGUUGGUGAUGACAUCAUGAAAGCCACUGGGGACUGGAAAGGUCUUAAGGUAACAGUGAAGCUCAUCAUUCAGAACCGUCAAGCACGUGUUGAGGUUGUUCCCUCUGCUGCAUCAUUGGUGAUAAAGGCACUCAAGGAACCCCCACGUGACCGCAAAAAAGUAAAACACAUUAAACACACCGGUAACCUGACCCUUGACCAGAUGCUGGAAAUUGCACGCACCAUGCGACCACGCUCCCAGGCCAAGGCUCUGUCUGGUACAUUGAAAGAGGUCUUGGGGACUGCACAGGUAAACAUUCCUAAGAUCAGGUUUUAGACUUAAUAUAAUGAU